AUGAGGCCGUCAGCCCCGCUGCAGCAGCAGCAGCAGCAGCAAAAUGAGUGCACGGAUUCCUCUGUCUGCUGCAGCAACAGCGACCCUGAUACCAACAGCAGCAACAGCAGCAGCAGCAGCAGCAGCAGCAGGCAGCAGCAGCAGCAGCAGCAGCAGGAUGAUGGGGGCCCUCGUUUCGGUGACAAGACACAGCAGCAGCAGCAGCAGCAGCAGCAGCAGCAACAGCAGCAGCGUGCAGGUGAAAGGUCUUCGUGUGGGCAACAGCAGCAGCAGCAGCAGCAGCAGCAGCAGCAGCAGCAGCAGCAGGGGAACAACCCGCGACUGCAAGUGCUGCUGCAGUGA